UUGUGCGGGCGAUUGAAAGCGCAUCCACCCUGCGCGCGGUUAGUUUCGGAUGGCUGCGCGCGCGGGACCUUCGUCUGCUCGUUGGAGCAGUGGCUCUUCCGACUCGGAAUACGAGCCGAGCUCGGAUACGGAGUCGGACAGCGUCUCAUCUGAGGAAGAAGUGAGUUCUGAAUCAUCAGAUUCGGAUGGUGAAACCGCAGGACCAUCAUCCUGGAAGCGUGCGCGGCAAACGGAAGCUAUGUGGAAGAAAGGAGAUUUCUCACUGACGUUUCCUUUCGACGCGUCACGUUCAGGACCGUCCGCGAGCGCAACCCUACAACCGGAUGCGCAAGAAGGUGAUUAUUUCAAGCUGUUUUUUGAUGAGCCAAUCGUUUCACACAUCGUGAGUGAAACGAAUCGGUUCGCGCUAGUGAAGACAAGCGCACAAGGAGUUGCGCGCACGUCGCGGCUGAGAGCUUGGGUGGAGACCGAUGCAGCAGAAAUGUACUGUUUCCUUGCGGUCGUUCUGCUGAUGGGCCUGGUAAAAAAGAAUGCCUUGCAGGACUACUGGAGCACGAACCCUAUGUUGCACACCCCAUUCUUUGCAACCAUUUUUUCGUUGAACCGCUUCCUGCUCCUCCUGCUGCUUCUCCAUCUGAGCGACUCCACAGAUAUCGCAGAUCAGCUGAGAACAGUGCGGCCAUUUAUGCAAGCAAUUCAGGAGAAGCUGAGCAGCCUACUAAUUCCGCACCAAGACCUGUGCAUAGACGAGUCUAUGAUGCCAUGGAAAGGGCGGCUGUCAUUUCGGCAGUACAUUCCUUCAAAGAGGCACCGCUUUGGUGUCAGGUUAUUUGUUCUCUGCGAUGUGAAAACCAGCUACAUACUGAAAUUUGUUGUAUACACUGGAGCGACGACACAACAUAACCAUGGUCAAGGAUUUGGGAUUUUCUGGCUCCGUCGUUCUAGAGCUACUUCAAGACUACCUCGGAAAAGGACAUUCGCUAUUUGUGGAUAAUUGGUACAGUAGUCCAGCACUGUUCAACUGCCUUCAAGAUAAAAAAACCAACGCAUGUGGAACUGUUCGGACCAACAGGAAGGGGCUUCCAAAUUUCUCAAAAAAGAUGAAGAAAGGGGAAGCGGAGUCAUAUCACACCAAGGCGCUUCUUGCGCUCAAAUGGCAUGAUAAGAGAGAUGUACAUGUCCUAACGUCGAUGCAUGAUGCACUUCUGGAAGACACAGGGAAGGUCGAUAGGGUAACAGGCGAGAACAAGCGAAAGCCCGCAUGUGUUCUCGAAUACAAUAUGAAGAUGGGAUUAGUGGACAAGACGGACAUGAUGAUGAGUUUCAGUGAAAGCAUUAGGAAGAGCCUCAAGUGGUACAAAAAGUUUUUUUUUCAUAUUAUGGACAUGUGCCUUCUAAAUGCCUUCAUCUUGUGGCGUGAAAAUGGUGGACGCAAAACAUUGGGCGAACUUCGCUUGAAUGUCGUGUACCAACUGAUCCAAGAGUUCCACACUGCUAGGAGGAGAGGUGGAAGACGGAGUGGUGAUGACCCAACGAGGCUCACAGCCCGACACUUUCCUCAGAUGGUUCCUCCGAGCGAAGCCAAAGGGAGCCGCACCCAACGGAGGUGUCACGUGUGUGCGAACACUGUUCGAGGGCAAAAGAAAAGGAAAGACACCCGUGUGAUGUGCGCCGAGUGCGACAAAGGCUUGUGCCUGGACCCAUGCUUCAAGCUCUACCACACUCUCAAGAAGUAUUGAGCAGUUUUUUUUUCAUGUUACCCUCAUUUAUAGUCAAGCAGCUGAUGAUGAUGAUGAUCACUAACAGCUGCAGAACACUGAAAUGUGCAUAUUUCAUUGACAAUGUUAUUUGUAGACCAAUUAUAAACAAAAAUAAAUUGCUACGUUCAUUCCCUGGAAUGCUCGUUCCCUGAAACCAAGCCGUCA